CGACCACCAACAGCCACGCCGAACGCAUCACUUAGUUUCAAGCCAAAGAUGGAAGAUAAUCAGGAGGAAGGUCCUUCGGGCUGGGUGAAGCUCAUCAGUGAUGAUGGGUUCACGUUCAUUCUUCCCGAGAAAGCGGCUCAGACAAGCGGCUUCUUCAAGAGUACUUUGAACAGCACAGUCGGCUUCCAGGAGUCGGAGACCAAAGUCAUCCGUUGCGGUGAGAGAGCAGCUGUGCUUGAAACUGUAGUAGAAUAUCUCGUCUUCAAGUCCGAGUUUGGCGAUUCCGCGAGUAAGACUGCAAUUCCUGACUUUAUGAAACGCAUACCCGCUGCGCUCGCUCUGGAGAUAUUGAUGGCUGCCGAUUUCCUCGAUUGUUAACGGCAUACAUGAUCCUGAUCUAAGUGCUUCGAGUCUGCGGAUUCGAUGCCGCGGAGAGUCUCUAAAGGAUGGUUCACCUCCGUGUAUACAAACUGUUUUCCAUUUAUGUCAAAGUAUUGUACGGGAUGCACGAAGCCUCCCACUGAAAGCCCU